CUGUAAACGGGGCGAAACACCGCACUUUCGGUUCGAUUCAGUCCACAACCGUCUCUCCAUCGUGACAGGCGACAGGACAGACAUGUUUUAUAAAGCUAAGUUUUUCCUAUAAUAAGUGAACUGUUCUCUCGGUGUUAUCUUAUUCUGUGGCCGAUUGUACUUGCGUUACUCUAAGUGUUGUGGUGCAGAUAUUAUUGUUUCAAGUGUAAUUCUUUGCGCGGAAUUUUAAAUAAUGUUGCCACCAAGACUCUUACGGUGGGCGGUCACCGUUCUGCUGAUAGUCGCUGUCAUUGCUCCCACCUCAGAUUCGACCAGCGUCCGAAGAAGAUUACGGAAGCCCAGCAAAAUUUCAACAUCGGUGUCCACCAGUGUAUCAAGAUCUACCGACCAAGUGAUAUCAGCAAGCGUGAACAGGCCAAAAAUCCGUGGACGACCAAGCAUAGCCAGUCGCAAGUCAUCUGCAGCGAUUGACAAUUCUGUCGGAACUGAUGACCAUAAAGAUAAAGAUGGCUAUAAGGUCGUGUGCUACUACACGAAUUGGUCCCAGUAUCGUACGAAGAUCGGUAAAUUCACACCCGAGGAUAUCCAGCCGGAUCUCUGCACCCACAUCAUCUUUGCCUUCGGUUGGAUGAAGAAAGGAAAGCUCAGCUCUUUUGAAUCGAACGACGAGACUAAGGAUGGAAAAACUGGACUUUACGAUAAAAUCAACGGUUUGAAAAAGGCUAACCCGAAAUUGAAAACUCUUCUCGCUAUCGGUGGUUGGUCAUUCGGAACGCAGAAGUUCAAAGAGAUGUCUGCGACGCGCUACUCCAGGCAGACAUUCAUCUACUCAGCGAUUCCGUACCUCAGGGACAGGAACUUCGACGGUCUGGACAUAGACUGGGAGUACCCCAAGGGAGGCGAUGACAAGAAAAACUACGUGCUGCUGUUAAAAGAACUUCGCGAAGCGUUCGAAGCAGAAGCACAAGAAGUGAAGAAGCCUCGUCUUCUCCUCACUGCUGCGGUGCCCGUUGGACCUGAUAACAUCAAGAGUGGAUACGAUGUACCGGCCGUUGCCAGUUACCUGGACUUUAUCAAUCUUAUGGCCUACGAUUUUCACGGUAAAUGGGAAAGAGAGACCGGUCACAACGCACCCUUAUACGCCCCGUCUUCUGACUCCGAGUGGAGGAAACAGCUGUCGGUGGACCACGCAGCUCAUCUCUGGGUAAAACUUGGAGCGCCCAAGGAAAAACUUAUUAUUGGUAUGCCGACCUACGGACGAACAUUCACUUUGUCCAACAUGAACAAUUUUAAAGUGAAUUCUCCAGCGAGCGGGGGCGGCAAGGCCGGGGAAUACACAAAGGAGAGCGGCUUCCUCGCGUAUUACGAGGUCUGUGAUAUGUUACGUAAUGGUGGAGCCUAUGUUUGGGAUGAUGAAAUGAAGGUGCCUUACGCGAUCAGCGGCGAUCAAUGGGUUGGAUUCGAUGACGAAAAGUCCAUCAGGCAUAAGAUGAGAUGGAUCAAAGACAACGGUUUCGGAGGCGCCAUGGUGUGGACGGUCGAUAUGGAUGACUUCUCCGGCAGUGUUUGUGGAGGGGAUGUGAAAUACCCAUUGAUAGGAGCCAUGAGGGAAGAACUGCGUGGCAUCUCUCGUGGUAAGGACGCUAAGGAUAUCGACUGGGCGACCGUCGCAGGUACCGUCAUAAUAGAAGAAACAGAGAAACCUCAACCGAUCAAGAUCAGUCUAUCAGACGUCCUGAGCAAGGUGAAAAAACCAACCAAAACUCGCAUCAUCAAGAACAACAAUGCUUUGGUCGUAGACAAGAACAAACGUGAACCACAAAUUCUCUGCUACCUCACAUCCUGGUCUUCCAAGAGGCCUAGUGCUGGUCGCUUCACGCCAGAAAACGUAGACCCAACUCUAUGUACGCACGUUAUAUAUGCCUUCGCCACACUCAAGGAUCACAAGUUGGCUGAAGGGGAAGAAAAGGACAGUGACAUGUACGACAAAGUGGUGGCUUUGAGAGAGAAGAACCCUAAUUUGAAGAUUCUAUUAGCUAUCGGCGGCUGGGCGUUCGGUUCCACACCUUUCAAAGAGCUCACAUCGAACGUAUUCCGUAUGAACCAGUUCGUGUACGAAGCAAUCGAGUUCCUGAGAGACUACCAAUUCAAUGGCUUGGACAUUGAUUGGGAAUACCCAAGAGGAGCUGAUGACCGAGCAGCCUUUGUAUCCCUGCUCAAAGAACUUCGUCUAGCUUUCGAAGGUGAAGCAAAAACAUCUGGACAACCUCGUCUCCUCCUCUCUGCUGCUGUUCCAGCAUCAUUUGAAGCAAUUGCCGCUGGAUAUGACGUGCCAGAAAUUUCCAAAUACUUGGACUUCAUAAACGUGAUGACGUACGACUUCCAUGGCCAAUGGGAGCGUCAGGUCGGACACAACAGUCCAUUGUUCCCUCUCGAGAGCGCAACCAGCUACCAGAAGAAACUGACCGUGGACUAUUCAGCUCGUGAAUGGGUACGUCAAGGUGCUCCCAAAGAGAAGCUGAUGAUCGGAAUGCCCACAUACGGUCGUUCCUUCACUUUGAUCAACGGAACUCAAUUCGACAUAGGUGCUCCAGCUUCAGGCGGUGGUCUAGCUGGUCGCUUUACAAACGAAGCUGGCUUCAUGUCAUACUACGAAAUCUGCGACUUCCUGAGAGAAGACAACACGACACUUGUAUGGGACAAUGAGCAAAUGGUUCCAUUCGCGUACAGAGACGACCAAUGGGUGGGCUUCGAUGAUGAGAGAUCGCUGAAGACCAAGAUGACCUGGCUUAAAGAAGAAGGUUUCGGAGGCAUAAUGGUCUGGUCCAUUGACAUGGAUGACUUCCGAGGCUCUUGCGGCACUGGAAAGUAUCCUCUCAUCGCCGCCAUGAGGCAGGAACUGGGAGACUACAAGGUGAAACUGGAGUAUGAUGGACCGUACGAAUCUUACAACCCUAACGGACAGUACACUACAAAGAAUCCCGCAGAAGUAAUAUGCGAAGAAGAGGACGGUCACAUAUCCUACCAUCCGGACAAAGCGGACUGUACCAUGUACUACAUGUGCGAAGGAGAGAGAAAGCACCACAUGCCUUGUCCUCAGAAUCUGGUCUUCAACCCCAACGAAAACGUGUGUGAUUGGCCAGAAAACGUAGAAAGUUGUUCGCACCACACUCAAGCACCAGCCGCAAGAAGAUAAGAGAAAACUCUACUAAAAGUUAAGGCUAGUAAUAUUCCCUUCAUUUUCGAGUUAAAUCUGUAAUUUUAGUAGGCUUAGGUUAUGGGAAGUGCCAAAUGCGAAUGAUUUUAUUUUUAUCCAACUUUUCCUUUCGUUUGAAGAUUACGAAAUUGGAUUUGAGAUAGAAAGUUUACGAGUUCAUUCUUGGAAUUUGUUGUGAUAAUUUGGAUUGAAACGGCUUUUAAAAAAGUAACUUUAAUUAGAACAGCAAAUUGUUUGAUUUUGAGUUUGAUUUAGACAUAUUAUUAUAAGUUAUUUAAUUAAGUUGGUUGCAGAUAUAAAUUUGACGCAAAUUCAAUAGUUCCGUUAUUUCUAAUUUAAAUGUUCUAAAUUCGAUUGUGAAUCGUCCAUCUCGUGAUUAGGUCACUAGUGUGUUGUAACCUAAGCCUAUCAUUUUAAUCAAAAUAAAUUUCAUUAAUUAUAUUUUUUUUCAACGCCUAAUCCACCUUUAGUCUAAAACCAACCCACGUCUUAAUAUUUAUUAGUUUAACGAUGGUAACAUCGAACAGAUCGGAUGAAAGGGUUCGUGUGAUAUAAUGUAAAUUAUAACAUUAUUGGUGAAUAAUUUUAUAUAGAAUUAUAGUAAGCCGACAUGAUAAUUAGGCAAAUAUUUAAAAGAAAAGAUUGGGCAAAGUGCUAUGCACAAUUUUGCGCAAAAAGACAGAAGACGCUCAGACGCGCCAUCCACGCGUAACGUGCUUAAUUGCGCAAAAUAUUUUUACAGGGAUGUCAUUUGUUACGCGUGUUCCCUUUUAAUCUCUUUUUGAAAGAGCUUUAAUUGUUUAAUUGAUUUAUUUUUCAAUAUUGGUUAAUUAAUAAAAUUAUGUCUUUGUCUGAUUAUCAUGAUAUCAGCUAGUGAUAGUUUACUCCCAAAGGUACAUAAUGAUUUAAACACUAAUUUGAUGUUUGAAGAAUUUUUAACUUCUCUAGCUAUAUUUUUAUAUAGACAUUUAGAGAAAUUAUAGUUUCUUCUGUAACCGUAUCUGCUUCAAGAACAUCUUAUAAAGCAUCUAUUGAAACAUUAUAAUUGGUGCGUUUGUUUGUUUUAUCGAUGUUUUCAUUUUCACCAUCCAAUUAUGUACCUUUGUGAUCGUAUUUAUUAGUUGUAAAUUUAGUUUUUCGAAGCUUUUCAUCAUCAAUAUUCAUAUCAGCAAAAUCACUGCCUAGAACUGUCUAUAUUUCAUUAUAAGUUUUCG